GUCCCCAUCAUGGCUCGGGCGCCACCACUAGUAGCUUAGCACGCGCCAUAUAUCUAAUAAGCCGGCGCUGCUGUACGUCGCUUCCGCCAUCUACUUGCUAGCAGCUAUCUAAUAGGCCGGCCGGGCAGCGCGAAACAGCAGCGGGAGCUCAGCUCGCUCGCUCGCUCGUCUCUGCCGCCCCGCCCGUCGCGGUCGUCGCGCGAGAGGGGUGGCCAUCAUCCAUGGGCGGCGUCCGCGGCCACAGCAGCGCCGCCGGCGUCUCUGAGGAGGCGGCGGCGGCGGCGGCUUGGGUGUGGGCCGCGGCGGAUCUCCCCGUGCGCGUGGACUGGGCGGGCGCGGCGGCGCAAUGCGCGUCCCUGUGGGCGCACGCGCGGGCGCUGCUGGUCGUGCCGGCGGUGCGGCUCCUGGUGGCCCUGUCGCUGGCGAUGACGGUGAUGGUGCUGGCCGAGAAGCUGUUCGUCUGCGCCGUGUGCGUCGCCGUGCGGGCGUUCCGGCUCGGCCCGCACCGGCGGUACCGCUGGGAGCCCAUCGCCGCCGCCGCCGCCGCCGUGGGGUACCCCGUGGUGCUGGUGCAGAUCCCCAUGUACAACGAGCGGGAGGUGUACAAGCUGUCGAUCGGGGCGGCAUGUGCGCUGGAGUGGCCGCCGGAGCGCUUCGUGAUCCAGGUGCUGGACGACUCCACGGACCCCGUUGUAAAGGACCUGGUGGAGACGGAGUGCCAGAGGUGGAAGAGCAAAGGCGUGAACAUAAAGUACGAGGUGAGGGGGAACCGGAAGGGGUACAAGGCCGGCGCGCUCAAGGAAGGACUGAAGCACGACUACGUCGCAGACUGCGAAUACAUCGCCAUGUUCGACGCCGACUUCCAGCCUGACUCUGACUUCCUCCUCAGGACUAUCCCGUUCCUCGUGCACAACCCGGAGAUCGCCCUCGUCCAGGCUCGCUGGAAGUUUGUUAAUUCUGACGAGUGUCUGCUGACAAGAUUCCAAGAGAUGUCGUUGGACUACCAUUUCAAGUAUGAGCAAGAGGCCGGCUCCUCGGUGUAUUCAUUCUUUGGCUUCAAUGGGACAGCUGGUGUCUGGAGGAUCUCAGCGAUCGAUGAUGCUGGGGGCUGGAAGGACCGGACGACAGUGGAAGAUAUGGACCUGGCUGUCCGUGCGAUGCUGCAGGGAUGGAAGUUCCUUUACGUCGGCGACAUUAAGGUCAAGAGCGAACUGCCUAGCACAUUCAAGGCGUACCGGUUUCAGCAGCACAGGUGGUCAUGUGGGCCGGCGAACCUGUUCAAGAAAAUGAUGGUAGAGAUUUUAGAAAACAAGAGAGUGUCGCUGUGGAGUAAAAUCCACCUAUGGUACGAUUUCUUCUUCGUCGGGAAAGUCGCUGCUCAUACGGUGACAUUCAUCUACUACUGCUUCGCGAUCCCUGUGUCUGUUCUGUUCCCUGAGAUCCAGAUCCCUCUCUGGGGAGUUGUCUAUGUCCCGACAGUCAUAACCCUCUUGAAGGCUCUUGGCACACCGAGUUCCUUUCACCUGGUGAUCCUCUGGGUCCUGUUUGAGAAUGUCAUGUCGUUGCACCGGAUUAAGGCUGCAGUAAGUGGUCUUCUGGAUGCUGGUGGGCGAGUCAAUGAGUGGGUUGUCACUGAGAAGUUGGGCGACACCAGCAAGGCAAAGCCUGGCACCAAUGGAUCAGACACUGCUGUAAAGGUGAUAGAUGUGAAGCUAACAGAACCGCUUGUUCCGAAGCUAGUGAAGAGGCGAGCAAGAUUUUGGGAGAGGUACCACUGCUCAGAACUUUUCGUUGGAACCUGCAUAAUCCUGUGUGGUUUCUAUGACCUGCUUUUUGCAAAUAAGGGAUACUACAUUUUUCUCUUCCUUCAAGGCACGGCGUUCCUUGUUGUUGGUUUUGGGUAUGUCGGCACACUACCUCCUUGCACUGCAUAAGCUGUCAUGGACAACUGAUAUUACCUGCUCACCAGAAACUGAGCAAGCAAAGCUCCUCUCUCCUGCACAUAUCAAACUCUUGAAUUCAAUGAUAGUUGAGCAAUGUUCCCCCAUCAGUCUUGGCCUGACAUGAUCCACCGCCGAGAAGGUUGUUCAGAUAUCGCCGUCGUUCUCCUGUCAGUGUUGGUCAGAUUUGAGCCAAACCAUUCUUUAUUGUCAGAAGGCCAUUCAAAUAGUGUCACCAUUGCAAAUUUUAUAAUAACGGUGUUUACCGAAGCAUCAUGAAAAGAAAAAUGAUUGGUGCAGCAGCAUUUCGUUCGCAUUCCAUAGAGAUGCAGUUCACAUCCAGUAUUUUUUUUUGGAAAUCUAGUGUUAUUACUCAGAGUUCAGAUCCAUAAUGGAAGAUUGUUGGCUUCCUCAGUUCAUAACCUGUGUAGGCUUAAAACUUGUAGAUGUAAAUUGUUAUUAACACUAAUAUUUUUUAUUGAAUCCGGGUAUUAUUGAAAUGCAAGUGUAGCAUGCAUUUCUUUUCCUGUAAGAAGCCAAAGAUGACUUCUGAGUAACACGUCUAAUCAGACAUUUUACUUGAUGUGGCACAUGGAAUAGUGGAUCUAUUUUAACU